AGCAACGGGAACACCCCCAGAUCCCUUCAGGCUCAGGCAGGGGGAGAGAUAGGGGCCGAGCUCAAGAGCGCGGGCGAAUUUUGAUUGCAGAUAGAGAGAUGACGCUGGGAUCGACGACGACGACGCAGCACGCGUACGGAGAGCCGGCGUAUUGGGACAGCAGAUACCGUCAGGAUCCGGGGCCCUUCGAUUGGUACCAGAAGUACAAAACCCUAGCUCCUCUCCUUGAUCUAUACAUCCGCAGAUCUCAUCGCGUUCUCCUCGUUGGAUGCGGCAAUUCAACACUUGGGGAAGGAAUGGUUGGUGAUGGUUACCAGGAUGUUGUCAACAUAGAUAUAUCUUCAGUGGUUGUUGAAGCCAUGCAACAGAAGUAUCAGGGUAGACCAGAAAUGAAGUAUAUUAAGAUGGAUGUUCGAGAUAUGAAUGGAUUUGAAUCCAGUUCUUUUGAUGCUGUCAUUGAUAAAGGAACCUUAGACUCUCUAAUGUGUGGACAUGAUGCACAACCCAAUGCAAAGAAGAUGCUGGAGGAGAUAGGCAGGAUUCUCAAGGACAAAGGAGUCUACAUACUGAUUACAUAUGGAGAUCCGAGUUAUCGGCUGCGUUUACUCAAGGAUCUUCGAUUGUGGACUAUAAACAUGCAUGUAAUAGAUAGAAUGGAGAAGACUCCAGAGCUAAGGUCCUGGGAAUUGACUGCACCCUUGCCAAUAAAUGAAGAUGGAAGUUCGGUAUCAGCACUUCUAGGUGGAAACCCAGAAGUUCAUUAUAUCUAUGUUUGUACUAAGGAUGACUCACUCAGAAAGCACCAAUAGCUCUGCCAGCUGACCUGUCCAGAUAUUCUUUGAUGUAUACGGUAGAAAAACGAGGUUAAAUUCUUGAGGGUAAUUUAUUCAUUUAGUCCUCAGGAUCAUUAUUCAUUUGUUUUGAAGUUGAUCUUGCUCGUACUGCAAUCUUCGCAUGUGAGCUUGUUGAUCGUGCUAUGCAUGUAUUUAUAAGUUUUACAUCUGCUUCCGUUGGUUGCAUCUGAGCAUUUUAUGCAUUGAAGAACGUAAUGUGUACUAUCAGUGGUAGUUUUGCAGAAAAAAGGUACAUUCAAUCGUCAGACUUGACGAGCUUUCAUCUUCAAUAAAUUUGUAGCAGCAGGCUUUGGAUUUGCAUUA